AAAAUAAUAGCUGAUAAAGAGUGAGAUACAGCUACAAGAAAUUAUCACCAUUCACUUAGAUCUUGUGAUUUUAAUUGACUGAUUUCCAAUGUGAGCGAUUUGACACAUUGAUAACUAUUAAUAUUAUAAAUACGUGUACAUUGUAAUAACUAUUUUCUUGCUCAUAAUAAGUUAAUUAGCUGAAAUAAUUUUGUAAAAGGCGAAUAAAAAAUUCUAAAAGAAUAAUGUCCACCACAACACCAUUAACACCUAAUCAAUUGAUUUUCUUGUUUAUCACAAGUUUGAUUGGUUUGGUUGUUUUCUAUGUUAAACGAAAACAUUCAUUUUGGGAACGUCAAAAUGUCAAAGGUCCAAAGCCGAUAUUUAUAGUUGGAAACAUAUUCGAAAAUAUGAAAACUUCAUUACCAUAAUUGUACAGUAAGUACUACAAAAAAUAUGGAAAAGUUUUCGGCACUUAUUAUGGACUACAGCACAAUUUGCAUAUCGGGGACUCGGAAUUACUUCGGAACAUUUGUGUAAAAGAUUUCAACGUUUUCCAGUCUGGAUUUCAAUCUGUUUACGUUCAUCCAAUUGAAGAAAAUUCUCUGAUAAAUCUAAUUGGUCCGAAAUGGAAACGAAUGAGGUCUAUGUUGUCGCCAACCUUUACUUCAGGAAAGAUGAAGAAAAUGUUCAAAAUCAUCAAAAGUUGUACUCAAGAUGCUCAAAUAGCUUUAACUAAAUUAUCCAAGAAAGAUAAUGGUGCCUUUGAACCGAAAACGUUCUGGGGACGUUAUAAUACGGAUGUAAUCGCUAAGUGUUGUUUCGCCGCUAAUCUCGAUGUUUACAGUGAUGAGGCGAGUACUUUGCAGCAGAACUUCAAUUCAUUGUUUAAUGCGAGUCUACACCGAGUGUUAUUUACUCUUUUUGCGCCUGGAUGGUUAACUAGAGCAGUUAAAGUCUCAAUUAUUCCGGGUAAAAAUCUUGAAUAUUUGAGAGAUUUAUCUUUGGCUUUAAUCGAGAAACGUAAAACUGAGAAAGAAAAAGUCGAAGAUUUUCUUCAGAGCUUAAUUGAUUCAGAAUCAGCCGAAGUUGACAAUACUGAGAACGAUACAAAAAAAGUAAGAUUGAACGCAGAGGAAAUUGUUGCAUCUUCGGUUAGCUUCCUUAUUGCAGGAUUUGAGACUACUUCGACUCUAUUAACUUGGGCUUGUUAUCGACUCACACUCAAUCCCAAUAUUCAAGAAAAGCUCUUCGGAGAAGUCAUAAAAGCUGACAUACAGGAUUAUGAUGUUAUAAAUAGUCUCCCUUAUCUCGAUGCUGUUAUAAAUGAAACUCUACGAAUCGAUCCUCCUCUGCUCGCUUUUCAAAGAGCUGCUCACAAAAAUUACACGUUACCAGGAACAAAGAUUUUCAUCCCAAAGCAUACACAAAUUACUAUUCCUAUUUAUGCGAUUCAUCAUGAUCCAGAUAACUACAGUGAUCCCGAAGAAUAUAAGCCAGAACGAUUUAUCGACGAAUCACCGAAACCCUUCACAUUCUUACCAUUUGGAGCCGGACCUCGAAUUUGUAUUGGAAUGAGAUUCGCUCUCAUAAACGCUAAACUUGCCCUAGCAACUCUAGUUCGAAAUUACAAAAUUCUACCAACUCGAGAAACCCCAACCCCAAAGAGCCUCAACUAUGCCAAGGGAGCCUUUAUGCUCAGUGCCCAGAGUUUCAAGGUGAAAAUUGAGCCUCGUUAUGUCAAACGAAAACAUUCAUUUUGGGAACGUCGAAAUGUCAAAGGUCCAAAGCCGAUGUUUAUAUUUGGAAAUAUAUUCGACAAUUUGAGAUCAGCAGUGCCCGAAAUGCAUCGUAAUUACUACUCUAAAUAUGGAAAAAUUUUUGGUACUUAUGAUGGAUUGCAACCUCAUCUGAAUAUUGGUGACUCAGAAAUGAUUCGAACGAUUUGUAUUAAAGAUUUCAACGUUUUCCCUUCUGGGUUUCAUAGCAUUUACAAUGAUGAGAUUCAAAGUAAAUUUCUCACUGUUCUUUUUGGUCCUGAAUGGAAACGACUUCGAUCAAUGUUAUCACCAACAUUUACUUCGGGAAAGAUGAAGAAAAUGUUCAAAAUCAUCAAAAGUUGUACUCAAGAUGCUCAAAUAGCUUUAACUAAAUUAUCCAAGAAAGAUAAUGGUGCCUUUGAACCGAAAACGUUCUGGGGACGUUAUAAUACGGAUGUAAUCGCUAAGUGUUGUUUCGCCGCUAAUCUCGAUGUUUAUAGUGAUGAGGCGAGUACUUUACAACGAGUCUUUCACGAACUAUUUGAUGCACAAUUGGCAAGAAUCCUGUUCAUUUUUUUGGCACCUGAAUGGUUAACUAAAGCAGCUCGAAUCGCAAAUGUUCCUACUAAAAAUCUUGAAUAUCUAAGAGAUUUGACUUUGGCCUUGAUUGAGAAACGGAAGAAUGAAAAAGAAAAAGUUGAGGAUUUCCUGCAGAUCUUAAUUGAUUCGGGAUCAUCAGAAGACAAUAAUAAUGGUAAAGAUGAUUCGAAAGUAAAAUUUACUCCAGAGGAGAUAGUUUCAUCUUCGGUGAUCUUCCUUUUGGCUGGGUUUGAGACUACUUCGACUCUAUUAACUUGGGCUUGUUAUCGGCUCGCACUCAAUCCUAAUAUUCAAGAAAAACUAUUCAAUGAAGUCAGUAAAGCCGACAUACAAGAUUAUGAUGUUCUUAGUGGUCUUACUUAUCUCGAUGCUGUAAUUAAUGAGAGUUUAAGAAUUGAUCCUCCAAUCAUUAUUUUCCAACGAACUGCUCAUGAAGACUACACAUUACCCGGAACUAAUAUUUUCAUCCCAAAACACACGCGAGUUACUAUCCCUGUUUACGCGAUUCAUCAUGAUCCAGAUAAUUACAGUGAUCCUGAAGAAUUUAAGCCAGAACGAUUUAUCAACGAAUCACCGAAACCCUUCACAUUCUUACCAUUUGGAGCUGGACCUCGAAUUUGUAUUGGAAUGAGAUUCGCUCUUAUUAACGCCAAACUUUCCUUGGCAACUCUAGUUCAAAAUUACAAAAUUCUACCAACUCGAGAAACCCCAACCCCAAAGAGCCUCAGCCAUGCCAAAGGAUCGUUGGUUUUAAGUACAAAAAGUUUAAAGCUAAAAAUUGAGCCUCGUUGAUCAACAAACAAAUCAACGAUUAACAAUUAAUGUUUUAAUAUCUUGCUUUCAUUACAAUUGUGAAUAAUUACAGUUCGUCUUCCAUUGGACAAAAAUUAACACAUUUAUUAGCUUGUUCAAAA